AUGAGUUUGAUUGGCGAAACUGAGAGAAGCAGAGCAAAGCAAAACAAAGGGCGGGUGUACACAACCUCUGUGCUACCGAUGCCAGACACUCGGCAGGCUCUGAAGAAUGCUGUUCCGAAUCAAUCCGAUGGCAACGUUGAAGAGGCAUUUUGGCGGUUGAAUAUCAACGAUAAUCAAGAUGGGGGCGGUGUGGCUCAGUCUAACCCAUACCCUGAUCGACCUGGUGAACCUGACUGCAUAUAUUAUUUGAGGACUGGUUUGUGUGGUUAUGGAAGUAAUUGUCGUUUUAAUCACCCUAAAUAUGGUUCACAGGGUGCUCAGUACAAUGGAGAACUCCCUGAAAGAGUUGGACAACCUGACUGUGGGUAUUUUCUGAAGACAGGAACUUGCAAAUAUGGAUCAACCUGUAAAUUCCAUCAUCCAAGGGACAGGCGUGGAGCUGGACCAGUCGUAUUCAACAUUUUAGGACUCCCCAUGCAUCAGGAAGAAAAGUCAUGUCCUUAUUACAUGCGAACUGGAUCAUGCAAGUUUGGACCUGCAUGCAAGUUUCAUCAUCCCCAGCCUCAGUCACUUGGCACUGUCUUACCUGCUUUUGGAGCUGCAGGCUCCACAGUUUUGCCUUCUUCAGGUCUACCUUAUGCAGGUGGACUUUCUGCAUGGUCAUUUCCAAGAGCGCCAUAUUUAUCAGGCCCGCGUUUACAAUCUCCACAUUCUUACAUGCCUGUUGUUCUUCCGCCCCAAGGCAUUGUACCUGCCCAUGGAUGGAACACCUAUGUGGGAAACAUUAGCCCUGUGACUUCCACUGGAAUUCUUGGCUCCAACCUCACAUACAACUCUAGAACUCAGGGGGAGUCAGCUUCCAAUGGGCAGGUUCACUUGUCAAGCUCAAGUCUCCCACAUAGGCCUGAUCAACCUGAAUGCCGGUAUUUUAUGAGCACGGGGACUUGCAAAUAUGGAAUAGAUUGCAAGUACCAUCACCCAAAAGAAAGGAUUGCAGAAUCAGCUACACACCCACUUGGGCUUCCCUCAAGACCUGGGCAACCACCGUGUUCAUACUACAUCAUGUAUGGGAAUCUGCAAGUAUGGACCAACUUGCAGAUUCGAUCACCCGUUUGUGGAACAUUCUGCUGGCUAUAA